ACCGCUCACGAACACAAAGGAACGUCGCGCGGCGCUGGCGCCCACGGAGGGCCCAGCCGACUACACUUCCCAGAAAGCACUGGGCCGAGCCUCGUUGCAAUCUGCAGUCCGGGCGGGCGGUGGAGGAGGCGCCCCCUGUUUCUGCAAAAAGGUUGCCGUGGAGACGCGGGCCGACAGCGUCCUAGCGAGAGCGGUGAUUGGUGCAGAACCCUGCUAAUCCCUGGAAGGCCCGUCAAGAACUGAGGCAAACGUGGUGGGGGGCAUGCGCGGUUGGGAAGGCGGUGCUGCGAUCCGUGGCCCCCUGAGAGGCUUGCGCACGUCGACGGGGCAUGGACGCCUGGAUCUGAGGCGGGGAGCGCGGGAAGAGGCGGCCGGGCGUGUGAUCUGAUCGUUGCGAACAACGCUACCCCGGGGAACGGGAGGAGGGUGGAAAAGGAGGCGAGGGUGGGGGAAGGGCAAGGAGGCACUCGGGCUGAUGCGUGGAGCAUUCUGGGAGACAUAGUCCGGCCGGGGAGGGGGAAGUCGGCGAGUGCGCAUGCGUAGGAGCGCGGAGCGGCCGGCAGAGCGUGGAGGUUGGCCUGGAACCUUGAGGAACGGAAGUUUGACCCACGGGAUCCGGCGGCCCUGGAAAUCGAAUCUACUCACUUAAUAAACUCAGAUUUCUUCACAAAGCCCGCACAUUAUUCCCAGCUGCAAAGGGAGCAGCAAUGGCGGGGGAAGGGGGGCAUCCCCACUUACGGGGGACGGUAAAGAUGGGGAAACUGAGGUUCCCAGAAACUCGCCAGGGUUACGUAGCAAAUAGGCAAGAUCAGAAUCUCCGACCUUGCCUGCAGGCACCUGGUCCAGUUGUCUUGGGGCCUUCGUGGGCCCCCUGGAAGCUCCCAUCACCUCCUAAUCCUGCCUAAAUCAGGAAGGUCUGAAGAUGGAACAACGAAGCGUACAGUAGACGCUCAAAUAAGCAUUUGCUGCCACUGUUUGUCCUCGCAGCAGCCUCACCCCAUUCCUCUCCUAGGGGAAGACAUUAUCCUCGGAGCCCCCGCCCAGUCUUUCCAAUGAGGCCCGCAGCACUAGGCUCCCCAGGUCACACGUCCCUGGACGAUGAGGGACCUGUCAUGGUGAAGCUGGAGGACUCUGAGGAGGAGGGUGAGGCCGCCCCGUGGGAUCCCGGCCCAGAGGCUGCACGCCAGCGUUUUCGGCACUUCCACUAUGCGGAAGAAGAGGGUCCCCGUGAGGCCCUGGCCCGGCUCCGGGAGCUGUGCCGCCAGUGGCUGCGGCCCGAGGCGCACUCCAAGGAGCAGAUGCUGGAGCUGCUGGUGCUGGAGCAGUUCCUGUGCGCGCUGCCCCCCGAGAUCCAGGCCCGUGUGGAGGGACAGCGGCCAGGCAGCCCUGAGGAGGCCGCUGCCCUGGUCGAGGGGCUGCGCCAGGAGCCAGGAGGCCCCCGCAGAUGGGUCACAGUCCAAGUGCAGGGUCAGGAGGUGCUAUCAGAGAAGAUGGAGCCCUCCAACUUCCAGCCCCUCCUUCAAACCAAGCCUCAGACUCCAGAAUGUGGGCCUAGGACACCAUCUGAAGCCACACAAGAGUCACCACUGGGCCUUUGGGUGAAAGAGGAGCCCACGGUUACAGAGGACCCAGAGCUUCUGGAUUCUGGGCCUGUAGCCAACCCCCAAGAAGCCACUUCCACUCUCCUGCCUGAAGAGGCCCAGGGCUGUGAGACAGUGCUGGACCAGGCCUCUCCCCACAGCGAGACUGGGCUUGAGGGGCCUUCAUGGAGGGAGCAUCCUGGGGCCCUGUGGCAGGAGGAAGCUGGGGGCAUCUUCCCUCCAGGGUUUGCGCUCCACAUGGACAGCGUCUCUGCUGGCCCAGGCACUGUGAGCCCCCACCUCCACAUCCCCUGGGACCUCGGCAUGGCCGGCCUCACCGACCGACUCCAGUCACCCUCCCGUGAAAGUGGCUUCUCACAUGCACUCGUGCUCCCCAGUGGCCCUGGAGGUGAGCAGAACCCCACGAACGAGGGUCCCCGCCAGCUCCUGGGCCCCAUACUGGCCACCGCCCGCUGGCGCGCGCCCAGGGCCCAAGGCCGGGGCCGGGGCCGCCCCAGCACAGGCCCCGCGGUGGGGCGGGGUGGCCGCUGCGACGUGUGUGGGAAGGUGUUCAGCCAACGCAGCAACCUACUGAGGCACCAGAAAAUACACACGGGAGAGCGGCCAUUCAUGUGCAGCGAGUGCGGCCGAAGCUUCAGCCGAAGCUCGCACCUCCUGCGCCAUCAACUCACGCACACUGAGGAGCGGCCGUUUGUGUGCGGCGACUGUGGUCAGGGCUUCGUGCGCAGCGCGCGCCUGGAGGAGCACCGGCGAGUGCACACAGGCGAGCAGCCCUUCCACUGCGCUGAGUGCGGCCAGAGCUUCCGGCAGCGCUCCAACCUGCUGCAGCACCAGCGCAUCCACGGCGACCCCCCGGGCCCUGGCGCCGGGCCCAGCGCGCCCCUCACGCCUCCCGGCGCACCGGAGCCCCCAGGCCCCUUCCCCUGCAGCGAGUGCCGCGAGAGCUUCCCGCGGCGAGCCGUGCUCCUGGAACACCAGGCAGUGCACACGGGUGACAAAUCCUUUGGCUGCGUGGAGUGCGGCGAGCGUUUCGGCCGCCGCUCCGUGCUGCUGCAGCACCGGCGAGUACACAGCGGUGAGCGACCCUUCGCCUGUGCCGAGUGCGGCCAGAGCUUCCGGCAGCGCUCCAACCUCACACAGCACCGGCGCAUCCACACAGGCGAGCGGCCCUUCGCCUGUGCUGAGUGCGGCAAGGCCUUCCGCCAGAGGCCCACGCUCACGCAGCACCUGCGCGUGCACACAGGCGAGAAGCCCUUCGCCUGCCCGGAGUGUGGCCAGCGCUUCAGCCAGCGCCUGAAGCUCACGCGCCACCAGCGGACGCACACCGGGGAGAAACCCUACCACUGCAGCGAGUGCGGCCUGGGCUUCACGCAAGUCUCGCGGCUCACCGAGCACCAGCGUAUCCACACGGGUGAGCGGCCCUUUGCCUGCCCUGACUGCGGCCAGAGCUUCCGGCAGCACGCCAACCUCACACAGCACCGGCGCAUCCACACAGGCGAGCGGCCCUACGCGUGCCCGGAGUGCGGCAAGGCCUUCCGCCAGAGGCCCACGCUCACGCAGCACCUGCGCACCCACCGGCGUGAGAAGCCGUUUGCCUGCCAGGAUUGUGGCCGCCGCUUCCACCAGAGCACUAAGCUCAUCCAGCACCAGCGCAUCCACAGUGCGGAGUAACCAGCACUCACCGUACCCCCUUCUCUGCGCCUCGGCUUUUGGCCUUUUGUCGGGGGAGGGGAGCGUGUUCGCUCAGAACACUUACCUCACAGGGUGGUUGUGAGGCCUCUGAUCAAGUUUGGGUACAGGCGGGCCCACCCAGGACGUGGCUCCCAGUAGGUGCUCAAUAAACAGUAGACAGAGCAUGGGU